AUGAACUUCUUCCGUCCGUCUGGGUCAAAGACCAAGGCGCCGCCCGACCUCGUGCGGAGCCUGCGCGAGGCGAUCUACAAGCUCGAUAGUCCGCAGGUCGGCCCAGAGCAGAAGAGAAAGGCGAACGAGGACAUCUCCAAGUACCUUUUCCAGAUGAAGGUCCUUCUGUACGGUGACGGCGAGACCGAGCCUCAACCCGAAAUUAUCGCCCAACUCGCUCAGGAAGUCUACGCGAAUGACCUCCUCCAGCUUCUCGUGCACAACAUCUGGCGUUUCGAGUUUGAGGCACGGAAAGACGUAUCGCAAAUCUUCAAUAACCUCCUUCGACGACAGAUCGGCACGCGGUGGCCGACGGUGGAACACCUGAGCGCGAAGGAGGAGACGAUUUUUGCAGCGCUGAAAGGAUACGAGAACGCCGAUGUCGCGCUCAACACGGGCAUGAUUCUGCGGGCGAUGCUGCGACAUGAGCCUCUCGCACGGAUAUUGUUGUACUCGGACAAGUUCUACAACUUUAUCGACUACAUCGAGCAGACAACGUUCGGUAUCGCUUGCGAUGCUCAGGCAAACUUCCGGGAAACGCUCACUCGGCACAAACCGAUGGUCGCUGAAUACCUUGACGAGAACUACGACCAGUUCUUCUCGCACUACUCGCUCCUCGUCCAGUCCUCGAAUUACGUCACGAAGCGUCAGUCGCUCAAGCUCCUCGGCGAGAUCCUGCUCGACCGGACAAACUUCAAGGUCAUGACGCGCUACAUCGCCAACGAGGAGAACCUCAAGGUCAUGAUGAACCUCCUCAAGGACCGGAGCAAGAACAUUCAGUUUGAGGCGUUUCACGUCUUCAAGAUCUUCGUCGCCAACCCGAAGAAGCCGCCUCAGAUUGAAGCCAUCCUACGGCGGAACAAGGACAAGCUGAUCGCGUUCCUCCGCAACUUCCACAACGACCGCGACGACGAGCAGUUCAAUGACGAGAAGAGCUUCCUCCUCCAGCAAAUCGAGGCUCUCUGA